AUGACGAUUUCCCGCCUGGUGAACGUCAGGCGGUUUACCGCGCAAUUUAUUCACGGCGGGAUGUUCGGGUAUUCAGGAAUGAUCCGAUUCCUCCGGCAAACGCUGGCCCGCAUAAUCCAGGCAGCCCACCACGGCCCGUCGGUGGGUUUCAUGCAACCGUGGGACUUCAUCAUCGUUGGUGACACCAAAGUGCGCGGGCAAGUAAAAGACCUAUUCGACCGGGAGCGUCAGGCCGCCGCCCAGUUCUUCGACGAACCCCGUCGUUCCCAAUAUCUGGAAUUGAAGCUCGAAGGGAUCAUGGAAUCACCGGUGAACCUGUGCAUUACGUGCGACCCUACCAGGGCUGACGAGGUAUUGGGGCGGAACUCGAUGCCGGAGACGGAUGUUUAUUCCACGUGCUGCGCCGUGCAGAACCUUUGGCUGGCAGCGCGGUCGGAAGGAGUGGGAGUGGGCUGGGUCAGCAUCCUGAAAACGCCCUCAACUGCGGCGGCUGCUGGGCAUACCACCCCACAUCAUCCCCGUGGCUUAUCUCUGCCUCGGAUAUCCGGUCGAAUUCGCCACCCAGCCGUUGCUCCAGUCAGUGGGUUGGCGGGAGCGCCUGCCGCUAGCCGAUCUAGUGCACUACGACGGUUGGGAUGCGCAGCCGGACUCCGGUAUUUGGGAAGAAGUGCGGGCGGCGUUGAUCGGUGUGAACGGCGCUUCUCCCGGCGAGGAACCACUGCCUGA